GCAGGGGACGCUAUGACCGUAUCAUCGUGCGCCGGCGCCUUCCACCGCUACCGCCACCAUGGAAUCCAACAGGGACGAAGCGGAGCGUUGUAUUGUUAUCGGGGUAGCCGCCAUCAAGGCCAACCAGAUCGAGAAGGCCCGCCGUUUCUUGGAGAAGGCCCAGCGGCUGUACCCAUCUCAGCGGGUCGGCGCGCUAUUGGACUCACUCACCAAGAACAAACAAACAGCCGAUGACCAUUCGCAACCCAAGGAAUCUUCCAAUCUCGGCAGUCAGAAAAGGACCGAGGAUUUUGCUUCAGCCAAUGGAGAAGCCGGGGGUGAUACCAGCAAAGGUUACACUCAGGAUCAAGUGGGUGCUGUGAAGAGGGUGAAACAAUGUAAAGACUAUUAUGAAAUCCUGGGCGUCGGCAGGGAUGCCUCUGACGAGGAUCUGAAAAAGGCCUACCGGAAAUUAGCUCUAAAAUUUCAUCCUGAUAAAAAUCAUGCACCGGGUGCCACGGAAGCAUUUAAAGCCAUUGGGAAUGCCUACGCGGUCUUGAGCAAUCCAGAGAAAAGGAAGCAGUACGAUCAGUUUGGAGAUGCCAAAGUCAGCUCUACGCGACACGGUCAUGCAGACUUCAACCGAGGCUUUGAGGCAGAUAUUUCUCCAGAGGAUCUCUUCAAUAUGUUCUUUGGUGGUGGUUUUCCCUCUAGCUCCACCUUUAAUAGAGAGCCCAAAGGAAGACGACGCUGCGAUUACAACAUCUCGGUCCGCAACAGAAAGCCUCCGAGAGUGGUGGAGCCUACUUGGAAAGAACACCAGGGAGAACCGCGUAACGUACAUGUAUAUAGCAAUGGCAGGAUGCGGUAUACCUACCACCAACGGCAAGACAGGCGGGAACAUCAAGGCGAUGGUGGCCUUGGGCUAUUUGUCCAGCUGAUGCCUAUCCUCAUUCUCAUCAUUGUGUCUGCCCUCAGCCAGAUGAUGGUCUCCAGUCCACCUUACAGUUUGAGUCACAGACCGUCGGUGGGACAUGUAUUUAAACGAACGACUGAGCAUUUGAAAGUGUCUUACUAUGUAGGUGACAGCUUUGCAGAAGAAUACACAGGCACGAAUCUUAAAAAUGUAGAGAGGAGCGUGGAAGAUGAUUAUAUUGCAAACCUCAGAAAUAACUGUUGGAAAGAAAAACAGCAGAAGGAAGGCUUACUCUACAGGGCCCGUUAUUUUGGUGAUUCAGAUCUGUAUCAGAGAGCACAGAAGAUGGGCACACCAAGCUGUACCAGGCUGUCUGAAGUUCAAGCAUCAAUGCAUGGAUAGCUGUGGCAGAAACAGUCCAUAGGGACCUAAACUCUUCAAAUGCCUGAAGACUUUGGGGGAAGUGCACUGAGCCAAGGAGACAGACUUUCUAUUUAAAGAAUCAGUCCUUAAAUUAAAAUGGCAUUGGAGUAUUAACAACGCACAACUGCCCUCUCCUCUCUUUCUCUGUCCAGCAUUAGACUUGAACAUCUCUUAAGACAAGGAGGAAAAAGACGGCUAGUCUUUUUUUUUCUCCCUCCCUUCCUCCCUCUCCCUUCCUCCAAAGGAUCUCCCCCUCCCCCCCCGCCCCCAGAACAGUUGUUGAGUUGCUUUGGUUUCCUUUCCAGAUCAUCAGAAAAUCAGGAGCAGUGGAGAAAGUUUUGGAAUUGCACUAGUCACUUCAGAGAGCAAGGGAGGAACUGGAAGAGCUAGAAAUUAAAAACAAAAUUAAUUUUGAGAGACACUACUUAGAAUUGAACUCACCAUUGUAAAUAUGUUGUACUUCUAAACUAUGCAGGGAUAGAAUUAAAUUAUUUCAUUUCUUUUCUUUUCUUUUUUUUCUUUCUUUUUUUUAUUUUGCUGAAACUUCAUAAUUUACUAUCUCUGAAUUCUAGCUUCUUUUUCCCCUGCCUGGGCCUUCCUUCCCUUUUCUGGCCCAAUGUCCUGUUUUCUAUCAACGGCAAUCUUAUCUGACAAUACAAAUGUUUUAUAUUUUAUAAUGGCUUGGACUUCCUGGGGGAAAACAAAAGUAAAACUCGCAAACUCUGAAACUGUUUCCUUUUUUAAAAUGUGAAAUACUGAGCCUAAUAGAUUAUAUUUUAUACGGACACGUUUCGGCCCCGUUUUGGAUUUGCAACGUAUGGCGGCUUUUGCUCAACGACUCGUUCUUCCUAAUAAAUGGAAAACAAAUUGUCCUCAUAACAAUCUUCAGUUCACCAGGAUGGCUUUUGCUGUGUGGACUUUUAAAAAAAAAUAAUUUUGUUAGGUUUUGCGGACUUUUUAUUUCUUUUUAUUUCUUUUGCCUUGCAAUCAGGGUUCAUUUUGCUACCCAGAGAUGUGCUAUUGUUUUUUUUUUCCCAAGAGAUAUCCCCUUCUGCCUUUUCCACUGCUCCCCAAUCUGAUUUCCUCUUGCUCUACAAAAUAGUUUUUAUUUAACAAAUUUGUUGCCGGUAAUUUCAUUCCAGGAACCUGCUGUGCGCUGGCGUGGGUUACCAAGCAGUGAUGUAGCUACGUACUUUUCCAUUAUGGUGAGACUUGGAUGGCCCUUCUCUAUAGAUCAGGGGCAUCCACGCUUGGCAACUUUAAGAUUUGUGGACUUCAACACCCAGAAUUCCCCAGGCUGGUUAAGGAAUUCUAGGAGUUGAAGUCCACAAGUCUUAAAAGUUGCCAAAUGUGGAGACCCUGCCUUCUCUAGAAUAAGGAAAGGCUAUGCAGCAACAGUGCUUGUAGACUGGGUGAGGAUCUUCCUCAGGAGAAUGGGACUCUGAUGUCCUCUUCCUCAGGAGAGCAGCCUUCUUUGUCCCAAUGAGUUUGCUACUUUCCAUUAUUUAAGCAACUGAAAAAAGACAAAGAAUAAUUCUUUAUUACUUGACUGGGCUGUGAAGUCCAACUUUUGUUUGGAAAAAAAAAUGCUACUUAAUGCCAGACUUUUUUUUUAAUCUUUGAAGUCCAUACAAUGCUGUCAGAAGAGCCUUAAAAGAAGCUACUUCAAAGAGCUGAGCUAUUCGCCAGAGUUAACAGUUAAUGCUCCAAGUUCCAAUAAGCCUCAUCAUCUUGAAUUAGCAGUAAUCUGAAGACGCUUCCACCCCUGCAAGAGGUUUUGCGUUUUCAUUAGUCCAAAAAAAAAAAAA